AGCCGCGGUCUCGCAGCCGCCGUCUCCCCGCGGGCCUGCGGCCGCCCGCUCCGACCCCGGGACCUGGGGCCUCCCGCGGCCCUCCCCAGCCCGGCCCGCCGCCUCGGCUUCUCGCUUCGACCUUCCCCUCCCGGGCCCGGCCAUGGCGGACUUCGACGAGAUCUACGAAGAGGAGGAGGACGAGGAACGGGCGCUGGAGGAGCAGCUCCUCAAGUAUUCUCCCGACCCGGUGGUGGUGCGCGGAUCCGGCCAUGUCACCGUGUUUGGACUAAGCAACAAAUUUGAAGCAGAAUUUCCUUCAUCUUUAACUGGAAAGGUUGCUCCUGAGGAAUUUAAAGCCAGCAUCAGUAGAGUUAACAGUUGUCUUAAGAAGAACCUUCCAGUUAAUGUACGAUGGCUACUUUGUGGAUGCCUUUGCUGCUGCUGCACUUUAGGUUGUAGUAUGUGGCCAGUUAUCUGCCUCAGUAAAAGAACACGAAGAUCGAUUGAGAAGUUAUUAGAAUGGGAAAACAAUAGGUUAUACCACAAGCUGUGCUUGCAUUGGAGACUAAGCAAAAGGAAAUGUGAAACGAAUAACAUGAUGGAAUAUGUCAUCCUUAUAGAAUUUUUACCAAAGACACCGAUUUUUCGACCAGAUUAGCAUUCGAUUUAUUUUUAGAGACUUAUUCAAGUAUGUUGUCUUUCCAAUGGUGCCUUGCUUGGUGCUCUCCUGGUGGUGACAUAGCAUUGGUUCUACAGACUCUUGUGGUGUUUCCAUUCUUUCAUUUUUUGUUUUAUUUUUGUUUGUCCAUUUGUUUUAAGAGCAUGUUCAAAGUGCAUUUGGUCAAACUCUGCAAAGUCAUUUCAUGCAAAUGUUAACUACUACUUAAGUUAUUACUUUUACUACUUCUGUUUGUUAAUGUAUCUUGAUUUUCAGAGAGUCUUUUAUGUGUGCGCGCGUGUGUACAUAUAUUACUAUAAAUACACAGCUGAAAAUGUUCUACAAGUGAGCAGGUAUUUUUUUUUACCCCAAAAUAACAGAACUGUUCGAUUGUACAUUGUGCAAGUCCUUUUCAUUAUUAGUUUAUGUGCUGAAAUACCAUCAAAGAUCUACCUAAACUUUUGUCAGUGACUAGUCAGUUGUAAAUAGUUUUGUUUCUUUUUGGAUAUUGGCUAGCUUCUUCCAACAAAAGAGGGUAAUAAAGUUCCUUUUGAAAUUGUGCUUUUUGGAACUCAUAUGCCAUUGCAUUAGUAGGAAUCUCUGCUUUUCAUGAAGAAAUCCUGUCAGCUGGUUCUGAAGAAGUUCUAAACUGAGAAGAAAAAAAGCGAUAUAGAUUUACUUUACUCAUAAUAGAAAAUGGUUGAGAGAAUUGCAUGCAUCCAAUUAGUAGAAUUCAAGAUUUCAACAAUAUAUUAGUAUAUAUAAACCAAUAUUUUACAUUGGUUUACAAUGUAGCAGUUUUAAUUCAGGCUAAUGCCAUGUAUCAUUUUCUUUGUGUUGUUUACCAGAUACAGUACACAGGGGUGCAGAAGGAAUUGUUAUACUGAUUUUUUUUUUUUCUCCAAGCAGAUCUUUCAGGGUUCUUUUUAUUUUUUUCAUUUUUCAUUUUAUUUUAAGCCACAUAAGCCGAAAAAAAGUUAUUGGGCUAAUCUUGAAUAGGACAAUUCUGGACACAAGUGCAGGUGCCACGUAUCAGAAGUAAUCAAAGCAAGGUAUGCUGGUCAGCAGUGUAAAUUUAUGUUCUAUAAUCAUGUACUGCACCCUUCUGCUCAUUGCUUUUGGUUUACAAAGCUUUCUGCACAGUAUAAAGACGUUUUUUUGUUUUUUUUUUAAACUGGAUGUAUGAUAUAUGCUUGGGUCAGGCCAGUUGUAUUUUAUUUCCUCUGCUUGUAUCUUAGUUGUACAUAUCUUCACACAUAGCUUUUCUAAAUUGCUACUCAAUCAUAUUUUGAAGUUUCCUUUAUGUAUCUAAAAUUACUGUACAUGAACAUUAAUGUAAGCUAUGAAUAUCUUCCUUGUACAGUUGUGGUAGCAAGCAAUAAUGUGAAUAUAUGAAAAACAAAUAUUAUACUCUGCUUAAUAUUUGUAUGAAUGAGAAGUUGAUACCACUACAAGAGUAAUUUUCUCUUUUUAAUCUUUUAAAUACAAGUUUUAUUUCAAGGUAAUAUAUUACAGGUACCUUGAUGCUGUGAACUAUUUUUCUAUGUCUUCAAAAUAUUUAUUCUCUGUAAAAUAUUCUCUAGUGAGUAUUAUGUUCCUAAAUGUUUGAUAGUGGGAGUGGUCUAGGAAGUUUUAAGUUUUCUUAAGUUCGUAUCCCUGCAUCAGCUUUCCCAAACCAUCCAUUGCUCAGCUUUUGUCUGAAUUCCCGCUGUUUACUUUGAAAGUAGCUCAGCUCUGCUUUUCAUACAAGCCUACAAAUGUUUCUUUGAUUUGACUGAAGGUGAUUUUGUCAUUAACAAGGAUCACUUUUGUGCUGUCUAGGUCUUCUGGGGCCCACAGUGGUUUCUCUCCAAAGAAACUAGUUACAAUGUUUAUUUCUAUUUUCAUUUUAAAUCAGUUACAGCCUCUUCUUUAAUACAAAUCUGGUCUGCAGCACUCCUCACGCUUAGAAGUAUUGUUGUAAUCUUGGACCAAUUUCAGCCUGUGGAGGAGGACAGAAGCUUAACGUUAAUGGCAGCUGAGGCUCUGGAGGUUGGGAAUUGCAGGGAUGAGGUGGAAAAUGAACCAAAAUAAUAACUAGUGUUAAAUAUUGGUGACCAGAAAUGCAUAUUGAUUUCUUGAAGUCUCAGUUUUCAAUAAAAUGAAUAUUGAAUAUGCCAUGCCUAUACUUUAUUAUCAGUGUUCUCAGUUGACAGUGCUGGCAGAUUUAUUGAGUGGAUGCAGUUUUUUACUGUUAGUUUUUUAGUUCAGAUGUGUAAGUUGGCAAUGGCUUGUAAUAAGCUCAUAGCUGUACUGGGCUGGGUGUCAGCCAAUGACCUUAGUUUGUUUCCCAAACUUCCCAUACUAUAUUCUAGAACACUGUGACUGCCUUGCCAAACCUACUGAUUUUUCAAGCUAAUUUGAGAUUGGUAUGUGCUGAAACAAGUGCAGUGAAUGCAGUCUGACUUAAAGAUUAGCAGAGAACAUCUUGUCAGUAAAAAUACCACAUAAGCAGCAGUGCUUUCUAAGAACUCAUCUAUUUUAGGUGCAUCUGCUGUUAGGUAUUUCUGUAUUUUCCCUAUCAGUUACUCUCUGAGAAUUCUAUUUGUAGAGGGCCCAAAGUAGGGCUUUGAGCAAACAAAAACCUAAAUCCCACAGUAAAGGUGAUAGACUAGUUGCCUUUUAAAAAAUUUCUUAUUUAUAUCUCUGAGCAUACUAGACAGAAAACUUGAAAAAGUGCAUUAACAUAUAGGUGAGUUUUGCUCAGAAGCAUUACUCCCUGUUGAGGUAGUACCCUUGUCUAGUAAGAAUGUUUCCAAGCAUUUUAGCACAAUUCCUUUCCAUUCAGUAAUUAUAAUAACAAAAAUUGAACUGAGGAAAAACUUCAGUAAAUUUCCUACUUAAAGCCUGCAAUCAACAGGAUUUUUCUUUUUUUUUUAAUGUAAAAUAUUUAGAUUUUAUUUUGAUGCUGGUAAGAAUACAUAUUUUACCUUAUUUUUGUCCAACUGACCAGAGUUGAAAUUGUUUGACCAGAUCAGCUGUAGUAGAACUUAUAAGACAUAGGCUGUUCUUUGCUAAAAUAAUUAUUACAUUAGACUAACCUAUUCAGCUUCUAGUAACUCAGCAAUUCCUACAGAUCUUAUCUAUUCCGAAUUUCCUUCAAUAGUGAAAUUUAGAUAGCUACUUGAUAUUAAUCAUUUAACAAAUGAUUGUUGCUAAUUAUGUCUAUUUCACCUUUAGCCUGAGUAACUACUGGUAGAAGCAUCAUUGACUCCCUGUGAAAGCUAAUUAUUGUUUGUAGGUAUAGUGGCCUUCAGCUAGUCAUUAAAGAGUUAUUCUGUAACAUAAUAAUAAUAAUAUUCUUUUAGUGGUAGCUAGAAAUAAAUUUGGGGCAGAAGGGAUUUCUUUCUGACCAUACAUAAGAAUUCUGUAGAGUUUAUCUCUUGAUAAAUAAUUAUCAUGUGAAGUUUAAACUGGGAUUAGCAAAUUUCACCAGAAAUCAAAAUGUUUGGAAAUAGGUUAUAUCGUGUAAUAGUUUUAAUAGGCUGUGUAUGCAAAUCCAAAAACAACUGUAGCAAAUCUAUAAUUUCUUACAAUAUGGAAAACCAGGUGAAGUAUAUUAUAAGAGCUUAUUUACAGUACUUGGAUGUAAGCUAAAAUCUGGAAAUUCAUUUGUUAAGUGAUACUUUCAUUUUGUAACUCUCAAGACUGUGUUCUAAAAAAACACAUUCUUUCUGAGUAACUUGCUUACUUAAAGUCAGUUUUCAUUCAAGUCAUUAUCUAGCCCCAAAGGUUGUAAGGGAGAACUUUAGAACACAAUUUGUAACUGCUUGGAAGGCAGAAGUCAAAGAGAAAGAACUUGUGUUCGUUCCCUCCUCCCAGCCCCCAUCCCAGAGUCUUAAUUUUAAAUGAAUCCCCUUGUUUUGGGAGCCCUAGCUUAUAGUUUUUGAGCAGCUGGCAAUAAUGCAAAUUGUCCACCAAAAAGCCCACCAUUUGAAUUCUGAAUGAUUUAGAGAUCACUUUAAUUGAAGAGGCAAAAGACUUGUUAAGCAAAGAAAAUCCCUGGUUCUUUUAAGUUCUUUAAGCACUGCUGUUGAGUAAUUAAAAGAAGGAUCAUGAUGACCCUACAUUUGGUCAAAAUCUAGAUGAUUUCAUGUAAAGGAAAUGCUCAAUUAGAGAGGUCUCAGAGCCCCAAAUGUCUGUAUUCACAGUAGCAAUUUAUUAAUGAAGGGCAAGAGGAGCUGGCUGCUUUGUAUUCAUGACUAAAAUAAUUUAUGUUAUUCUUCAGCUACCUUGCUUACAAAAAUAAAGCAUUUUAAAAAUGCAGUCUGUAUUUGUCACCACUAAUUUGCUGUUAUUUCCGUGCUGCUUCUUCCUAAAGCCACAUUGCAUUUCCGUUACGAACAACUAAGUGUAAUGGUGGUUAUAAUGCCUUUAAUAGCCAUAUUGUAGGUAGAAAUAUAUUAACUACUCAGGGACUAAUAGGAAAUAGGAAAAUGGAGUUUAUAAGCUGAAUGCCUAUCUGCAUGAAGGCUCACUUGCAAGUGGCACCCCGGAAAACUUCUGAUUGUAUUAUGCAUGACCAUUGUGAAUGUUACCAAUAUAUGGCAACGAGAGCUCUAUUUACCCUGUAUUAUUAGGCUGUUGAAUGUUAUAGUAUGUUGAAUAAGGAUAAAUGAACUUUUUUUUUGCUGAUUUGGACAGAGUGAUUAUUUCUAACGGUGCUACCUUCUUCAUUACUGUGCUUGUUCUUUCUGUGAAGUUCACUCUUCAGGCUGGAUGAAUCAUGAAGUGCUGGUAAUGAGGAAACUGUCAUUCAUAGGGAAGUAGAAACAUUUCAGGGGGGAGAAGUACUCGAAAGCAAACACUUUCAAUGCAAACAAAAAGACCACCAACAAAAACCCCAACCAAACCCAGCAUCCUGCAUUUGUUCUUUGGUUACAGGUAUCCAUUCAGGCUGUUUUGCUCAUAACAGCGUUCGGUAGUUGGUUAAUUUCUUAAUCUUAUAUCUCAAUGGUGUUUCAGUCAGCGUGGGCUGAAUUAGAAAUUAUUCUUGCACAUUGUUAAAGAGGUGUCCCUGUAUGAAACUUUGCCUCUUGACACUUGUUCAGAUGUGCUUAUCUCCACCACGUGGCAUUUGGAUAAUGCGUCUUCUAGUAACGAAAUGUUAUUGUGCUUAUUAGAAAUUCUUCUGCUUCAAUUAGCUCGUUAAUAUUUCAUUAAGAUUUAUUGUCUUGAAAGAGAUUAAUAAAUGCUUGACUCUUGAAAACACAACAGACCAUUAGGAGAAAUUAAAUGGAGUGUAGGAGAAGUGACAUACGAAAGACUGAACACCAGGUUUAGGUUUGAAAUUGUGUGUAUUGGAAAACAGUUCUGAACCAUAUGAAAUGACAUUAAAUAAUGAAAGUGAAGUAAAGGCUAGUAGUCCAUGUCAAUAAUUACAUGGAGUGUCUUCAUUACUAUUGUAGCUUUGUUACAACAAGCGUGCUGUUAUGCAGAUAGGGAAACAAACAUACUUUGUAACUCAGCGUCUUUUGAUUUAAAAUAUCCAGACCAAAAAGAAGUUGGUGGUGAGAGCUGCACAGUGAGUCCAGCCCAGUCUUUUCCUGGGUUGGGGCCUGUAAUGCACGGCUGAUGGCUUCCAAAGAAAAUUCUUGACUUGCCCAGACAGCUCCAGUCAUGUGACAGUAUAUCUAAGGGCUGCAUCCAGUGAGGGUAGCUUAAGUUCAGGUAAGUAAAAGACACCUUUGUAGUUAGCUUGCUUUUAGUUCUAUGCAGAAGGGAACCAUUAAUAAAUGCUCAUUUUUGUAGGGCAGAUCUUAGAAGAUAUGCCGAAACAGGCUUUCUCUCCUCAUUUACAUCACUGAUAGUUAAUUUGCCUCAUGCUGGAAACUAAGUAAUUAGCUGAUGUUUUUUUUUGUUUGUUUGUUUUUUGUUUUUUUUUCUGUUACAGAGCUUUAGGUUUGUGAAUCCAUUUUUUUGUGAUCACGCUUAGAAAUUAAGCGAAACAAAAGUCAGAUGCAAUAUAGCUCUUAGUUUUAAUGUCUCUGUUUAAACGAAUUUAAUUGUACCAGUGCACACGUCUCACUCAUUAACUGUAAAUAUCACUGCUCCUCUGCACUUGCAACAGGCUUUCUAACUUGUUGGGAUAUUCAGUGUGUUAAUUGCGUGGUAAUUUUGCCAAUGAGUGGCUUGGUUCAGUGAGGUAACAAGGAAAUGCAGGGCAGUUAGAGAUCUGGAAAGUGUAACCCGAUUCUUAUUUCUGUAGGAGACUGAAUAUAGCAAAUACUAAUUCCAAACAUAAAAGGAACAAUAAACGUAAAAAUGGUGCCUGAACGUUGUGUGCUAAACUAGCCCGACGUAAUUCAUUUUGUUUUAAAAGGUUGCAGACUGUGCUUGGGAAGAGCUUCUUAAACAUGAAAAGCAGUAGCAGAAAGUGAGUCACUUAAGGGGUGGUAGCUUUCAAGGUGGCAGAUGUUUAAAUAGAAGAGAUAUUUUGCAUCUAUGCUAGGUCUAUGAAACAGAAAAUGCAUAAGCAAUAAUUUAGCACGGAACUGGAUGUGAAGAAGCUGCUAUUUAUACGGACUCAGUGAUAAUGCCUGCAGAGGGUUCCCUUUAAAUGAAGUGUUUAGGAAGUUGGGGUUGCUGUGAUUUUUGCUAUUGUAACAUUCCUCUUCGGAUAUUUGAAGUCUGGAUGAGAGUCUGAAAGCUUAGAGGCCAGCACUGUGCUCACAGGGCUUUGGAGAGAGAAGAUAGGAAGAAAGGGACUUCUUUUUAAGGCUGCACAAUUGUAAAUACACAUAUUUAAGACUAUUUAACCACGAAAAUUACUGAAGUUAAUCUACUGUCGAAUUAUAGGAUAUUAUUUAAUACAUCAACAUUGUUUUUCCUGACCUGACCCAGAAUUGGAAUGGACUCCAAUAUAAUUUUUUAAGUGUUUCUUAAGUUGUCUGUAUUACAAACAAAUAAAAUGUUUGUUAAUUUA